GAUAAGUUUGAUCGAAAACAAUUCGGAAAAUUAAAAAUUGAAGUAGAAGGAUAAUUUCGUUUUUUUUUAAGUCAGAUUAGAAAUUCAAUUUUUAAUUCUUAUUAAAUGAAAUAUUAAUUCUUUAAUUCAAAAUACACAAUCACAUGAUACAAAUUGCGCUUUGAUUUCUGUAAUUUUGUAAGUUUGAAUUUGUGUAAGUAUUAGUCCGAGACGCGCAUGAUUUUUCGCGUUUCGAUUAUGUUUAACAUGAAUAUAUCUUUUGUUCCCAAGGAGAAUGAUGUGUUCACAGAAGGUUACAUAAAAUUAGAUUAGAAAUAGACGGAGUUGCAUGGCGGUGCGGAAUCAUGGAACUAGAAGAGUUCGCGAGUGUUCAGUUGGAUAAACCAUUACAUGAUGUGAGGAAUGAAGAACAGUUGCGAAAGCACUCCUUGGAUGCCAACUUGGAAAGGAGACCUAUAGACAGGGCGCUUCAUAUCCUCACGAAGGGAGAUGAAAUCCAGAAACUUAGUGUUAUACAAAGUCUACCAAGUCUUUUAGCUACCGACACGCAAUCAUGUAUGUCUCGAGUGGUACCUAAGAUGCAGCAGUCUCUGGCUACUGCGUCAACAGAGUUUCACAUAGCAGCAUCAUCCACAUUCAAAACAAUUUUAGAGCAGAAGCUUGUCAGCCAUAAUGUUUUUAGUCAGACAUUCCUUCAGAGCAUAUUAAAUUCUUUAGAGAGCCGUGACCCAGUUAUCUGUCAUGCAUGGUUGGAGACCUUACUGGAUGUGAUAGAAUUACUGCCGGUAGAAGUCAUAAGAGCACAGAUUCUUCCAUUGACUAUAAGUAAAGGACAAUUGUCACAAACUAUCUACUCCAGGAUAACGUGCAGCAGGUUAUUGGGAAAGAUUUGUACACGAUUCGAUUCUGCUAUGAUACAGAAGGAAGUUCUACCAACAGUGCACUCCCUUUGUCAGGAUGUAAGCAGUGAAGUGCGAGCUAGUAUCUGUUUGCAGCUGCGUUUUGUUGCAGAAGGUCUCGGUGCUGAAUCUGUAAAACCUGCUCUAUUACCAUCUCUUGUAGAAUUAGCAAGUGACGAAGAAACCAGUGUAAGAUACGCCUCUGUACAGACAAUAGUGUAUUUACUACCUCAUCUUCAGGAAGAUACAAUAAAAAAUAUAAUAGCUCCACUUCUUAAGAAGCUAUGUGAAAAUGCAGCUAAAUCGGAAGAUAAUGUGAUAUGUGUAAUAGCGCAAGAGUUCGGAAAACUUGUACUUGGCCUAGAAAAAUGUUUAUCAAUAUCAGAGAAAGCAUGGUUUAUAAAAUACUAUCAACAACUUGCGCAAAUGGGAAUACCAUCAGUAAAGAAAGAGAAACCGCGUUUUACGUUUAUUAGCAGCAAUCCUACACAGGACGAAAGGUUUGUUGAAUGCAGAAGACACUGUGCAUUUAAUUUGCCAGCGAUGUUUAUUUUCGUAUCAAGCAUUGCGGAAAACGUAGAUGCGAUACUUAUGACAUUUGAUGCACUGGCAAGCGAUCAUUAUUACAUAGUUCGGAAAACCGUUGCGUGUGGAAUUCAUGAAGUAGCAAGGAUUCUGGGAUCAAAGAGUCCACGGAUAAAGGGAAACUUGAUAAAAUUGCUAAAAGAUGAUUCCGAGGAGGUACUUCAAGGUUUAAUUCCUCAUAUAGGAUUAAUGCUGGAAUGUUUGGCCGAAAAUCAAGCUAUUGGAACAGAUAAGAUGGAUUCUUCCUUGAUGGACAUAGGUAAAGCUAUAUUAAAGUGUGAAGCUGAAAUUGCGGGUACUCACAAUUGGAGGCUGGCAUCAUUAAUACACGCUCAGCUAGAGAUUUUACCCAGAUGUUUUCCCAGUGAUUUUAUAUACUCGUAUUUUAUUCCAAUGACUUUCUCCAGAAUUUUACAUGCACGGCCAAUACCAGUACGUCUCGCUGCAGGAACACUUUUUCUUCUCCUUCUACGAUAUAACGCGAAGCCCAUACAAAGGGCGGAACUGCGUAAUAGAAUGUUCACAGAUUUAGCCAAUAAUCCUAAUUGUUACGUGAGAAUGAUGUUUGUUCGUAUGCUGGCCGCAGCACUGGAGAUCUUUUCUUCUGUAUAUUUUAAGGAACAUUUUUUCAAUGUUUUAUUGAAUCUGGCUGAAGAUUCGAUAGCUAAUAUAAGAUUGAAAGUAGUGUCUUUGCUGCCGCAACUGAAGAAUCAGUUGUGGAUGCCGACCGAUAAGAAAUUGCUAACAUCAUUGGAGUCGGUUGUGAGACAUUUGGUGAACAACGAAAAGGACAGAGACGUACUGUUUAUUUUAAAAAGCGUUACGCAGAAAUUGGACGAGAUGGAAGUCAAAUAUGAAGGCCAAAGUUUAACGAUAAAGCUUACCAGACAGGAUGUGGAAGAUGCUAAAAAGCUGGAAGAAGAAAAGAAGUUGGCAGGAAAACCAACAAGUGGACCUGUAGUAAAGAAAGGUUGGACAAGAGCAUCAACUGAUAGUUCUACAACAAGAGGAUUACAGCCAAAAGGUGAGCACUUAGUGACGAACAAGGAAGCAUUGCAUGAAAUAAAAUCGUUACUAAUUAAACAUGGAACUGCAUCCUCGCGUCAAGUAAUCGAAAGCUUAAAAACGAGAAUUCAACUAACACACCCGUGGGAAAAAGUAGGGAAUUUCAACUCGCAUACUAAUACAACGCAUUUUAACUUUGUGAACGGAUCGUCUAACGAUUACAUUGCGCCUAAGCCGCAAUGUAGCUGCUCCAAGUUAGCAGUAUUCCAGGCACUCUUAACAUUGCCGGACGCCUGUGAAGAAGGAUACGAAAGUAGUGAUCCCCACUGUCAUUCGUAUUACGAUACCGACAACGAUUAUGUGAAUAACUUUCAAAGAAAGCAGUCAGUCCAAACGAACGAAUACAGUCCCUCCGCCUUUACGAAAUCUUUUUUUCUGUCGCUCGUAAGGGAGAACAAGCAGGAGCCGCAGCCGCAGCAGCAGCAGCAGCACUCCCUACUAACACGGGAUUAUCCGCAUGAAUUCUCUACUAACGCUAGCGGCAAGGAUAGGGCGCCAAACUUCGCCGCUUUGCGAGCCUUAACAAACGCGGCGCACUAUAAUUCCUGUUGGGCUUUUAGCUCCAUGCCGGAGAUAUCCGUGAUGCAGUCGGACGAUGAGUUCUUGGUGGACGCCGGUAUCAGGAUACCCAGCCAGUUCUCCGCUUCUCAGAGCACAUCGAAGAUUCCGCAUUUGCAAGAUUUCAUCGCCACAAGGAGGCCGCCACAGCUGAACGCUACGGUGAUUCGGCCUAGACGGAGCAGCGUGAAUUUCGACAAGGGAAAGUUCAAGAGGCAUUCCUCCGUCGAGUACGAGGAUUGCAUGAAACGUAGGACGAGCGAGAGCAGCGACUCGUCGAGAGGCACGUCGAUUUCGAUGGAUUACGAGGAGGGCCUGCGACAGCGUAGCAUGGCGAAGGAGAACUUGAGCGACCAGCACCACCUGUCUAAGACUGACGCGAGGACUAAGAGGUAUUCCGCCCCGCACGGAAGAGCUAGAUUCGGGUGGGAUGCGAACUCCCAGGAGAAAUCUUUGGACGAGAAAUUCAAGAGAAACUCUUUGAUACUGGACAAAGACAAGUUGAAGUUCACCAACUCCAAGUGCACGCUGGACCGAACCAAACGGCAUUCCACGAAUUUCAGCCUGAAGUUUCCCGACGGCAAGGAAACGAAGCAGCUUGUGAAACGUCACAGUCUGGAGGAACACACGACGGUGCGUCGCGCUGUGAAAGGCUACUUCUCGACGUUGGACGUGAAUCAUAAUCAGGGUCUCAGCAAAAUCCCGUUGAGAAAUGUUGAAUCUCGCAGCAGGACCGCGCCUGCCACCAGAGCAUCUAGCCCCGUACACGUAGAAUCGCGAUUAAGAUUCGACAUUGAGAACUGUGAUGAUUCCCACGGCUCCGCUAACGACAGACACCUGAGUAGAUUUAGCUCGAGCGACGAAGAGGUCGACAAAUUAUGUAGGAUGCUAUUACAUUCUCAAACGGCACAGAGUAGUACAGGAAUAUCGUCGAGGAAUAGGGAGAGAUAUCCAGUUCCCUUGUUGAUGAAAAAACUAUGAGAUGCAUAUAGUUCCGUUACGUAAUUUCUACAACUCUUCCACAAUUACAAUUUAGCGGCCAUAUACGAUGAGCUUUGUAUGCAGCUUUAAAUUUAAUUAAGAGGUCUAAAUAUGAGGUCUAAGCUGAUUGAAGAUAUAUACGUAACGAUUUUUUUUUUUAAUUUUUUUUAGAGUUUGUUUAAGCAAUGCUUUUGAUUCAGUAUAAAUUUGACUAUAUGAAAAGUAUCUCGUGCAACGAAUUCUUCAUUAUAUGGCAUUGCAAUCAAGUGUAUAAUGUUCUCACAAUAUCUCAAUAUAACAGUGCCGAUAACAUAUGAUAAAGCUUAAACAUCCAUUUUAUUGAUUUUUUUUUAACUGCGCUGUAUAAUAUGUACCGCUAAUGUUUUUGGUUAAAAUUAAAAAUCAUCUAUCUUAACCCUAGAUAUACACACUGGAGUCCCCGGGACUGCUUGCAGUUUUGUUGAAAAAAUUAAAAUAUCGGAUCGCCAAAUUUUUUUGUUACUAUUUCAAGUAUGCCCUUUUAGAAUUUCAAG